CCGUUUUUGUUUGAGGUUGUAAAGAUAUGUUCAAAAAUUAACUUUAAGUAGUUACUUUGUCAGGCGGGCUAUUUCGCUAUUUAUUCAAAGUGUUAAAACGUGGUUAAGCAAUCGAAAUAAAAUUACAGAGCGGUGGCUGGAAUAACCUAGUUUUUCUUAAAACUGAUAGGCUAAGAAGCUUGAAUAGGCCUAGACCAAGUUGAUUUUUAAAAUGGAAGAGCUAGAGGGUAUGGAAAGGGUCUAUCUCCCAAAUUCGGGGGGCUUUGCUAAAAAAGUUUCAUGGUGUACUGGAAAGGUGACAUUCAAAGAAUACUUUCACAAGUAUGCUGAAAAGCUGUAUGAAAUUAAACCCAACAGCAAGACUACAACCAGAGAAAUAUACAAUAACCUUUUAGGCAUACAAGGAGAGGAAAUUUCAGCUUGGAAGCAGAGAGUUCUCCUGCAAACUAUGAAUCCAAGACAAUUUUAUACUAUGCCUAUUGAUGUUUCAACAAAUGAACUCAUUGGUAAUGAAAGUAAGCCGUCAACUUCAACAGAAAAAAGUAAGCCUUCCACUUCAACAGGAAAAAGUAAGCCUUCCACUUCAACAGGAAAAAGUAAGCCUCCCACUUCCACAGGAAAAAGUAAGCCUUCCACUUUAUUAGAAAAAAGUAAGCCCUCUACUUCAACAGAAGCUGGAAAGUCAGGGCCAACAAAUGAUUGCAAAACAUCACAAAAACAAAAACGCCCUACAAAAAAAGUAUCAAAGAAAUUCUCCCAUAGCACUUCUAGAAAAAAAAUUGGCAACUUGUCAAACAAAAAGGGUAGGCCUAAAGGCUCCACAUCAAAAUCAAAUGUGGCAAAAGAAAAUGAAAAUGUUGUUCAUAAAGAAAUUAGCGACCACAAGAAAGACAAUGAACCAUCAUCUGAAUUAGGACUAGUUGAUGUUAUGUUGAGUUUGCCCUCUACUUCAAAAGGUGGCCUGCUUAAAAAAACACAGGAAAAUUCAAACAAUCAAGAUACAGCUUCAAUAUCAUCUUCUGUCAUAAGUGAUGAGAUUGAUAAAAACGUCAGUGUUUUCGUUGACUCUAACCGUAGUGUAGCGACUGCUAUAUUUCUAACACCCUCGGAUACAUCUGAAAACCAAUCGCAAGAAACAAUUGUAUCCACAAAUAGCUAUGAUUCUUUCAUGGCACCCUUACCUGAUGCUCCAAGAAAUGUGAAUAAUGACGAUCAAAUUCCAACAAGUUCAAGUUUUCCUGGUCAAGAAAACCUACCACAAGAAACAAUCACUUCAAUAAAAAGUUGUGAUUCUGUAGCAUCCGAAUCUGCUGCACCAACAAAUGCUGAUAGUGAUUAUGAAAUUCCAACCUGUUCAAGUUUUCUUGGCCAAAGAACCAUAUCACAAGAAACAAUCCCAUCCAUAAAAAGUUGUGAUUCUGUAGUAUCCGAACCUGCUGCACUAACAAAUGCUAAUAAUGAUUAUGAAAUUCCAACAUGUCCAAGUAUUCCUGGUCAAGAAGAUGAUGAAAAUAUUUCUUCAAAAAACAAAGGGCUUCGGCGAAGUGCACGCAUUAGGGUAAAAACUGAACAGAUUGAUUAUAAUGAGCAGGAGGAGGAUAAUGAUAAAUCUGACAUGAAGCAAUCCAACACGGAAAAUAAGAAAUCCAACACGGAAAAUAAGAAAUCCAACACGCAAAAUAAGCAAUCUAACACGCAAAAUGAAAGUGAUUCUAACAUGGAUGAACAAUCCUCCUCAGACGAAAGUGAGGUUGAUAUGCAAUAUAAACAACGUACUACUGCUGAGAUCAUUCAUGAAAUCAAUCAAAGAGCUCCCAGCCAAAACAGAAAGAAUUGCUCUAUUAGAGGGAUGACGAUGGUCGACACAACUCAGAGGUAUGGAAAAAGAAAUUUGUUACCAAGAGAACAUUUUCUUGUCAGUUUUCGAGUUCAUAAGCCCUUCAAACAUGCUCCAGGAUUAAAAAAUUUUCGUAUUGGAAAGUGCUUGCAAGAAAUUGACGUGCUUAACUUCCAAACUCUUUUUAACUUGCGGCAAAAAAUUAUGUGUGAAUUAGACUACCAAACAACAGAUGGUGAAAUCAGCGAAUGGCCUUUUGAUAAGAAACAAAAUUUGGCAAAGGAUACGUACAAGUCGGGCAUGUUUUACAUCGACAAUACCUUCUACAUUGACACCGUAGAGGGCACUGAAGAUUACUCUGAACCCAUCAAAAAGUGGGCUCAAGAAAAUCAUAUUGAUGUUGGUAAAACAAUGGCAAUGCAUGAUAGAAAAGUGGAGGACCUCAGGGUUAGGUUUGGCUACCCUUACGUCUACAUACAUCAGGGCAGCUGUGAACACAUCAUCAUGAUAAGCCAAGCAAGAUUUAUCACUGAGAAACACUCUCUGCACUCUUCUGACUAUCCGAAUAUCACUAAAACGAGUCGUUCUUCAAUAAGCUACUGUUUAAUAUGCACCAAGAAACCAGCCGAUCGAAUUGUUAUGGGCAGUGAUCGUAUGCCGCACGACGUGAACCUUAUGUGCCAAGAUUGUUUUAUAUCUUACCAUUACGUCGGAACACAGAAAAUUUGUAGAUUCAAGGCCUACAAAUGGAAUCAGAGAGCACUCCUAUUUAAUUAAGUUUGUUGAACACUAUAGAUUAAGUUAUGCCUUCUAGCUAUCUGAGGCCUAAAUGCCUCCAUGUGUGAUAUAAAUUAAUUAUUUAGUGUUUUGUUACUACAGAGGUAAGGAUUUGCUGUGAUGGAAAUAGCCUUUUUGUAAGGAAUUUAGUGUUUUUAAACAAGGCUCGUAGUUUUCAUUUUAAACAAAAGUGGUAGGUACUUCUGGUACCUAUAUUGAUUACAAUGAUUGAUGUUUAAUGUAUUGUUUUAGUCCUAGCUGGUUCUUUCUACCGGACACUCUGUAUUUUGCAUUUGUCUUCUUAGGAGCCAGUUUGUAAAAGUUGAAUUCUUUUGAAGACAUGUCUUCUUUGAUGUUUAUGUUUUAUAUUUAUUUGUUUUUUUUUACCACACUUCAGCUCUUUUUGGAACCUAAAGACAGGUGAGUAAGACAGUGGUGAAAACUAAUACUUGCCAUAUUCAGUAGUUUCAAACUCAGCCGCAGUUCUGUGAACAUUGUCUUCACUUUGAUAUCGAUUGGCAAUCGUAAUCCUAAAAUCAAAAACAUGGUGCUGUUGAUGCUGUGUUUUUUUAUUGAUUAACUGAUUUUGAGAGGUUUUUUUUCUCAGACAACCUUAUUUUCUCAUUGUAAUUUAAAUUAGCAUUAAUUUUAGAGUGUAGUGAAAAAUAUCCAAGUGUUAACACCUUUUGUGAAAACGUUUGCAAUCUUGGUUAGUCUUGGUUGUUUUUUUUUUUUUUUAUUAUUUGACAGUGUAAUAUAAACUAAGGAAAUGCAUUCAUUUAGACAACAGUGGUGUGCAAUUGGUGUUUAAACAUUGAGCAUUCGGGCACCUUGGGGCACUUGUAUCUAGAGCACAGUAUGGAGGUCUAAUUUUCAAACAACAUCUGAGGGCAUAUUCUGGUAAUUUCAAACGAAGGCUGACUUCCAAGUUGCUUAGAGUCUAUGAUUUGUCAGCGGAGACCUGUAACUAAACAUAUCCACAGAAAUAGUCUGUUGGCAUAAUAUCACUUAAUUAUCAACGCCAGUUAGUUAUACCUUCACCUUUUUAAACGAUAUGAUAAUCUAUCAAUCGUUUCUCUCAAAAGAAUCACCAGUAUGCAUGUCUGGCUGAAUAAUGGUUUAGUUACGGUAAGGCACAAAACAACUGCGUAUCAUUGAUUGGCAGUGAUCUAAAUUUAACGGUAUGUAAAUUAUACCACAAGCUGGAAUGUGUGUUCAAAAAUUUGAUUUCCAGACUGUUUCCUAAAGGAAAUAAAAUUUGUUUUAUCACUGUAAUAUAAAUUGUUUAAAAUAUAUACAUAUAUUUUAAAUCACAGCACUAAAACACCCCUUGCGAUUGCAAGUGCAAACUCCAUUUUCAGCCCUCAGUGAAAAUAUACUGUUUUGUAAUGUAAUGUCAUAAAUAUUUAGGUUUUUUAUGUUACGACAACUCCAUGUCUUAUUUUAAUAUUAAAUACUUCUGAGACUGAUUUCAGAGACUGAUGUUAAGUUUAGGUGUUAAGUUUAGUGUACUUUUAUGACAGUAUUACACUUACAUUUUUGUAUUGAA